CGCAAAAUACGAAAAUGUGUCUGGUAUCAAACAUGUAACCUUCAAAAAACCAGCACAAGAGUGGCAAAUAGAAAUAGAAAUGUUGAUAAUUGCAUUAAGAAAUUUCUAUUUAAAGCUACAGAAUAUGAAAGUGUAG